UCGGGCGCUGCUGCUGCGCGCGGGGCCGCGCUCGGGGCCGGCGGCGGCGGCGGCGGGGACGCGGGCGGCGAGGGGCUGCCGGGACCCCGGCCCAACAUGGCUGAGGUCGGCAUCGAUCAGUCGAAGCUGCCGGGAGUCAAGGAAGUGUGCCGAGAUUUUGCUGUGCUGGAGGACCACACCCUGGCCCACAGCCUGCAGGAACAAGAGAUUGAGCAUCAUUUGGCAUCGAAUAUUCAGCGGAACCGUUUGGUCCAGCAUGAUCUCCAGGUGGCUAAGCAGCUUCAGGAGGAAGAUCUGAAAGCUCAGGCUCAGCUCCAGAAGCGCUACAAAGACCUUGAACAACAAGACUGUGAAAUUGCUCAGGAAAUCCAGGAGAAGCUGGCUAUUGAGGCUGAGAGACGACGCAUUCAGGAGAAGAAAGAUGAGGACAUAGCUCGCCUUUUGCAAGAAAAGGAGUUACAGGAAGAGAAAAAGCGAAAGAAACACUUUCCAGAGUCCUCUGGAUCCAGUGCUUAUGGAGAUAGUUACUACUAUGAAAAUGGAGACCAGCCGCAGUCAAGGAGGGCAAGGGAACUGGGUUCUGGAGUCUCAAGGUCUUGUAGACUCCAAAGUGAUGGAAACGCUGUGAAGCAAAGGAAACAGAAACCCCUACAUCCAGCGGAGAACUCGGAAGAGCUGGAAGAUUAUUGUUCAUCAGGGAAAUGUAUGUCCUCCUAUAGCUCGGGCAAAGUGAGGGGCAGUCCCCAAGUUGACUCUGAGCAGCAUGAAAGGAAACGGGCUGAUCAUGAGAGACUUUGGAGACCUCCGCUUCCCAAGAUCAGUGGUGAGGUGUUUCUGAGCACUGGAUUUGAUGACCGGGAGGCUAAGAGUAGCCAUCGAACUCGGAAUUGGGAAAAAUUGUCCAGACACCAAGACCGACUGUCACCCAAGUCUUCACAGAAAACAGGGCUUCCUUGCAAGGAAGCUGUGUAUGGGAGGGACCAUGGGCAAGGUGAGCACAGAGAAAGGAAACACAGGCCCAGGACUCCUCCCUUCUCAGAGAGUGAGAAACGGCUCCAACUCCAUGACACAGGAAUGAAGCCAAGAGGGAUGAAAGAGGCCGCCUCUACCCCGUCACGAGUGGCCCACAGGGAUCAGGAGUGGUAUGAUGCAGAAAUUGCCAGAAAACUGCAAGAAGAAGAACUUUUGGCUACCCAGGUGGACAUGAGAGCGGCUCAAGUAGCCCAGGAUGAGGAAAUUGCUAGACUCCUCAUGGCUGAAGAAAAGAAAGCUUACAAGAAAGCCAAGGAGAGGGAGAAAUCAUCUUUGGACAAAAAAAAGCAUGACCCUGAUUGGAAGCCAAAAACAACUAAAUCGGCACAUUCAAAGUCAAAAGAGAGUGAUGACCCUCACCGUUCUAAGAAUGACAGGCCAGCACGGCCACCACCGCCUGCCAUGACAGAAGCUGAGGAUUUGGAUUACACUCAUGUUACAAACCAGCAUAAUUCCACACGUCAUUUCUCAAAAUCAGAAUCUUCUCAUAAAGGUUUCCAUUAUAAGCAGUAAAAACCGGAAUCUGCCUUGAAAACGGACUCACUGUAGCAAAUAUUACUGGAUGAUACAGAAUGCAUUCCACACUCAUUUUUUUCUUCCUCUGUUUGUAUUCCUGGGAUAUACCUUCAAGUGUUUUCUGGACCAUAAAUAAUCUUAAUUCAUUCAGAAUGUUUUGGUUAUUCCUGAUCACUUGGGCAGUACAAGAAAAUCUAGCUUCUGGAUGUUGGCCAUCUCUAUGCUGCAAAUGCUUCCUGGGAUAUAGUAUCUAAAAGCUCUGUAAAAUGCCAGUGUGUUAGAUAUGGAGUACUGGUAUCUAGAGAUUAGGCUUGAUUUAGCAAUUAGAACUUUGUGGAGAUAAUGAUCAGAGUAAAACACAAUGUUUGGAUGCAAUGCAGAAUAAAAGAAUAUAACAAAUA